AAGGGAGAAACCUGACUGGGCGCGGAAGAACUCGCCAGCAAAACCAAGCUGCUGUUUUAGCUCUUUUAAAAGGCAGAGCCACAGAGGAGGCGGUGUUCUGGGAGGAACCAAAGAGGAACCAAUGAGCAACCCCUAUUAGGCCUAGGUCAAGUGUGCUGGUCCGGAGCACAGCCUGCAAGCACUAGGUUAUGGUCCCUGCAAUGCUCACCGGCUACAUGUUCCUGAGAGGGGUCUCCGCGCGGUUGCUGAGCCGCAGGCCCGGCCUGUGCUCCCCGCGUGUUCCACGUACCUGGAGCUCGGCGGCCGCCCACACCGAGAAGACACAGAUCCGAUCGGCCAAAUCCACUCGUCCUGUGUUUGACUGGAAGGACCCACUAGUACUGGAGGAGCAGCUGACUGCCGAUGAGAAACUCAUCAGGGACACCUUCCGUAACUACUGCCAGGAGCGGCUUAUGUCUCGAAUUCUGCUGGCCAAUCGAAAUGAAGUUUUUCACAGGGACAUUGUGUAUGAGAUGGGGGAGCUGGGCGUAUUGGGACCCACCAUUAAAGGGUAUGGCUGUGCUGGAGUGUCAUCGGUGGCCUAUGGGCUCCUGACUCGGGAGCUGGAGAGGGUGGACAGCGGCUACAGGUCAGUGAUGAGUGUUCAGUCCUCCCUUGUCAUGCAUCCCAUUUAUGCCUACGGCAGCGAGGAGCAGCGACAGAAGUAUCUGCCCCGACUGGCCAAGGGUGAACUUCUGGGCUGCUUCGGACUUACAGAGCCCAACCAUGGGAGUGACCCAGGCAGCAUGGAGACUAGAGCUCGCCACAAUCCAUCAAACCACAGCUACACUCUCAGUGGGACCAAGACCUGGAUCACCAACUCUCCCGUGGCUGACCUAUUCAUAGUGUGGGCUCGGUGUGAGGAUAACUGUAUUCGGGGCUUCCUACUGGAGAAGGGGAUGCGGGGACUGUCUGCCCCUAGGAUUGAAGGAAAGUUCUCCUUGCGGGCCUCAGCUACCGGCAUGAUCAUCAUGGAUGGCGUGGAAGUGCCCGAGGAGAAUGUGCUGCCUAAUGUGUCCAGCCUGGCGGGCCCUUUUGGCUGCCUUAACACUGCUCGAUAUGGCAUCACAUGGGGCGUGUUGGGAGCUGCUGAGUUCUGUUUGCACACAGCCCGGCAGUAUGCCCUGGACAGGAUCCAGUUUGGAGUUCCCUUGGCCAGGAACCAGCUGGUUCAGAAGAAAUUGGCAGACAUGCUCACUGAGAUCACACUGGGACUCCAUGCUUGUUUGCAGCUUGGCCGUUUAAAGGAUCAGGACAAGGCUACCCCAGAAAUGGUCUCCCUGUUGAAGAGAAACAACUGUGGGAAAGCCCUGGACAUUGCCCGCCAGGCACGAGACAUCCUGGGAGGAAACGGGAUUUCUGAUGAGUACCAUGUGAUCCGGCAUGCUAUGAAUCUGGAGGCAGUGAACACUUAUGAAGGUACACAUGACAUUCACGCUCUGAUCCUUGGGAGAGCAAUUACUGGGAUUCAGGCAUUCACGGUUGACAAGUGAACCCACUUCAACAGAGGGCCCUCAACAGAGAGAUACUUUGCCCUGAGUCUGCUCAAGAAGAUGGACCCAGCUUUUACAGUGGAAAGUGAGACACUGAUUUGAGACUCAAGAAAUUUCUUUCUGGAAGACAUUCAGAUAUGCUCUAUAGAAAGAAGGUGUAUGGCCCUCAGCCCUUUUUAACUGUGGAUGGAAUCAGCUUUCAUCUACCCUGUCAUCUUAAGAUUUUUGAAACUGGGGGAGACAAAGGGGAGUGACACAGGAACCACUGAGAUGGAACAGACCUUGUGAGAAGGUGCACUGGACUUUGCAGUAUGCCUUCUUGCCUCUAUCUCAGGGGCAGUACCUUCUGUGUUCAACACUGACUUGAUAAAAGAUGAAAAUAAAGAGCCUGUGCCUUACUCCUUGGGAUUGGACUAGGUUUACUAGUUAACUAUGGAGAGGUAGUUUGGGGAAUUUCUCAUAGGAGGGAUAAACAUGCCUGGGGGUUGUGCCACUCUAGAAUAGUACACAGAUUUUUGAGCUAGACAUUCUGACUGGCAGAGGACACUUUGUCCUUUCCCUCAUGACACAGCUACCUAAACAAUAACAUGGACAAUA